CCUCUUCAACAAGAGUUCUUCUCAUACCCAUCUCUCUCUAACUUUUUCUUUCGUAGCACUCACUUUCUCUCUCCUAUUCUGCAUUUCUUGUUUUGAUUCGGAUUUUUUCUGGUACCAAAAGUUUGUCCAAGCCAUCAGUCCAUCACCAUCUUUUUAUUUUUAUUUUUAUUUUUUAUUUUUGUUGGUGAGCAUCAUUAUUUGAUUUCGUCUUGGCCUCUCUCUUUUUCAACCCAUUGCUUUUAUCCCCUGUUUUCUGUAUUUCCCAUUCUCUCUCUCUCUCUCUCUCUCUCUGGUUUUCUUCUGAAUAUCUCUGUGAGAAGAAGAAGAAGAUCAAAAAGAGAAGCAUUGGAAAAUGAAGAAGGUCGUACUAAAGUUGGAUUUGAAUGAUGACAAAGCCAAGCAGAAAGCUUUGAAGACAGUCUCUACUCUUUCAGGAAUUGAUGCCAUAUCAAUGAACAUGAAGGAGAAGAAACUCACAGUGGUAGGAACAGUAGAUCCUGUAAAUGUAGUGAGCAAACUCCGCAAGUACUGGCCUUUUACAGACAUAAUCUCAGUCGGGCCAGCAGUGGAGCCGAAGAAGGAGGAGCCGAAAAAAGAAGAGCCCAAGAAAGAGGAGCCGAAGAAAGAAGAAGGCAAAGAGGAAGCCAAGAAGGAGGAGGCCAAGAAAGAAGAGGGAAAGAAAGAGGAGGACAAGAAGGAGGAGCCAAAGAAGGAAGAGGCUGCCAAGGAAGGGGAGAAGAAAGAGGCAGCACCUGCGCCCGCACCUGCACCUGCACCAGCGCAGCCUCCGCCCGACCCCGUCUUGGAGCUUGUCAAGGCUUAUAGAGCAUACAACCCCCACAUGACCACAUAUUACUAUGUGCAAAGCAUGGAAGAGAAUCCUAAUGCUUGUGUUAUUUUUUGAGGGGGGAAAAAAAAAACCUGCUUCGAGGAGAGGAUUCCCAAGAAUAUUUUGAGGGAUUAAUGGAGAUGGAAGGAAAAAAAAAAAAA